AUGCUCGGCCGGCCCGUCAGCCUCGCCGCCUGCGCAGCUCCCCUCACAUCCGCCAAUAACGCUCCCGCCAUUGCCGUCCGCUGCGCCGCUAAAGACGGGAAGGCGGCCGCAGAGCCCAAAAGCGCCUCCCACGGCCACACUGGGCCGCGCGUCGUCAAUCGGCGGCUGAUCCUCGGAGGACUGGCGGCGGGAAUGGCUGCGGUCGUGGGCUGUCCCAUCUGUGACUCUAACGGGGGAUCCUCUAUCGGAGCCGCAUUGGCCGCCGAUUCGAGCAAGGACGUUUCCGGGCCGAUGGAGUGGGGCGAGCUGUGCUCGGCGGGCGACGCGGCGCAGUCCGCAACCGGCGGUCCGCUGAACGCGGUGUCAAAGCUGACGAGAGACAACAGCCUCGGCAAUAUCACAUUCGCGUAUAAGAACGCCGACGCGUCUCGUGCCAUGCGCUCAUUCUCCUCGCUGCUCUCUAUCCCUCUCACCCGUCCUUUCUCCUCCUCUCAACCCCUCACCCCCCCUCACUUUCCCCCUCAUUCCCCCUCUCUCCCCCGUCCUCUCCCAUUUUCACUCCCGUUUUCCUCUCGCCCCCUUCUCAUCCGCUUCUGCCGCCCGCAGGUGAACUUCCCGGGCGGCAGCAACACGUGCGCGGUGGGCGGGCGGCAGCUGCAGCUGCUACAGUACCACUUCCACGCGCCCAGCGAGCACUCGUUCAACGGCGUGCGCUGCCCCAUGGAGGCGCACCUCGUGCACCGCGAUGCUGACGGCAAGCUGGCAGUCAUUGGAGUGAUGAUAGAGGCGGACCCGCGGGCCCCACGCAACCUGUGCCUGGAGGCGGCUCUGGCGUUUGCGCCGGGGGAGAAGAACAAGCAGAUUGCCUCCCCUCAGGAGUGUUUGGAGGUGGCGGUGGUGGGCAGGGGGGGUGCCCGCUCCGCGCUGCAGCAGUGCCUCCGCGUGCAGACCAGCCCGCAGCCGCUGCUGCCAGCCCUUGACAGACCCGACGCCUCACACGCGUACAUCCACUACCAGGGCUCCCUGGCCGACCCUGCCUGCUCGGACGUGGUCGACUGGUUUGUGCUCGCUACCCCUCUCAAGGUGCCCGACAGCCAGGUGUUGGAGUUUCUGAGCUUCGUGGGCGACCGCCGCACCCUCGCCUUCAACUCCCGCCCUCGCCAGGACCUGGGCCCGCGCCGACUCGCUGUGGGGCCCGCCUAA